AGAAACGCCACCUCACCGGCCAUUUUGUCCUGAGGGUCGAUAUGAGUCUUGGGCCGCCAGUCCGCCCAUAUUUUAUCCAUUUUUGAGCGCCUAGAACCCCAUCCAGUGAGCUCCGGAGAGUGCAACAAGUCCCCGAGUGACGGAAGAUGAGUGGAGCAAAUAGCACACCAUUAGGAAGGAUGAACCCGGCUAUUGGUGCUGGCAAGAAGUCUGCCCCAACUGGCUCAUCACUGCUCAAGCCAAGUUAUAUGAGCUCCUCCUCCUCCAGCGGAUCUUCAGCCACGGCUGCGGCUGCGGCGGCUGCGGCUGCGGUCUCAGCACAGAUUAACCACAGUCAGAAUCCCUGCAAGAGGGAGAGCGAGUCCAGCUAUGAAGCAGAACAAGAAGAAAGGAAGCGACGUAGGAAGUCGAGGUGGCAGGGUGAUGAAAAAGACAAGACCUUCAUCCCCGGCAUGCCAACUGUGCUGCCCAGUAACAUGUCUAAAGACCAGGAGGAAGCGUAUUUGCUGCAGCUGCAGAUUGAAGAAUUAAGUCGACGUCUCCGCUCCAACGAUCUGGGCAUCUCUCCUAAUCCUGAAGACAGGUCUCCUUCACCAGAACCCAUCUAUAAUAACGAGGGGAAGAGGCUAAACACAAGGGAAUACCGCACACGUAAGAAGCUGGAGGAUGAUCGCCACAAUUGUAUUACGAGGAUGAUGAGCAUUAAUGCUGAUUAUAAGCCGCCUGCCGAUUACAAACCACCAGUCGUGAAAGUGUCGGACAAGGUAAUGAUUCCCCAAGAAGAGCAUCCAGACAUCAACUUUGUUGGCCUUUUGAUUGGUCCUCGUGGAAACACACUCAAGGCGAUGGAGAAGGACACCGGGGCAAAAAUAAUAAUUCGAGGCAAAGGAUCUGUAAAGGAGGGCAAGGUUGGACGCAAGGAUGGUGGGCCGAUGCCGGGAGAAGACGAACCUUUGCAUGCCUACGUUACUGCCAGCAACCCUGAGAGUGUCAAGAAGGCUGUUGACCGGAUAAAGGAAAUUAUUCGACAAGGCGUUGAAGUACCCGAAGGCCAAAAUGACUUGAGGAGAAUGCAGCUGAGAGAGCUUGCUCUUCUUAAUGGUACGUUACGUGAGAAUGAUGGACCAAGAUGCUCCAAUUGUGGGUCAAAUGCUCAUAAGUCAUGGCAGUGCCCAGACAAGCCAAAUGUGACAAACAAUGUGGUGUGUACAAGCUGUGGUGGCACCGGUCACAUUGCCAAAGAUUGUCGACAACGACGUGGCCCUGGUGCUCCCGCAUCUGUUGACAGGCAGAAAAUUGAUGAAGAAUACAUGUCUCUUAUGGCAGAGCUAGGGGAAGGUCCCCCACCGCCUCAAAAUAAUGAUCGGAACAGUAAUAGACCGACAUCCACUCCAACCACCAGGAGUCUUUUUGAACGUCCUCAGGGGGCACCUCGUCCUCUAAUGGGUCCACCACCUCGCUCGGAACCACAGCCAUCUGUAAAUAAUCAGUUUAACAGUAGUAAUCAGAACCAGGGAGGAAUGAAUCAGCAGAAUUCAUGGAAUUCCAAUCAAAUGGGAGGGCAAGGUCCACGUCCUUUGCUUGGCAACAACAGCAAUGGUCCUCCCAAUCUGACUCAGCCACCACCAGUAAUGCCGUGGCAGCAGCAGCAGCAACAACAGCAACAGCAGCAACAACAACAGCAACAACAGGCACAACAACAACAAGGUUCAAACAGUUUUCCGGGCGUGCCACCUCCAAAUUUGCUGCAGGCACCACCGCCUCCGCCACCACCUGCAGCACAGAAUGGACAGCAGCAGCAGCAGCAGCCUAGUUGGAUGGCUCAGGCUCCACCAGGCCCACCUGGGGGUUCACAAGGCCCCCAAGGUCCUGGAACUCAUGGUGGACCUCACGGUGGACCUCAUGGUGGACCAACCAAUGGUCCACAUGGUGGUCCACAUGGUGGGCCUCAUGGUGGACCUCACGGUGGACCACAUGGUGGACCACAUGGUGGGCCUCAUGGUGGGCCACAUGGUGGGCCACAUGGUGGGCCUCAUGGAGGACCUCAUGGAGGGCCACCACAUGGUCCCCCUCCACAAAUGAAUCACUGGCAAGGACCACCUCCAGGUUCUCAUCACGGGCCUCCGGGAAUGGGUUGUCCUCCACCUGGACCAGUACCACCACCACGCCCUGUAGGACCACCCCCAGGCUGGGGUUGGAAUGGCCCGCCACAACCAGUUGGGCCACCACCACCACCACCACCUGGUGGCCCGGGAGGUCCGGGUGGCCCUGGAGGUCCGGGAGGACCUGGGCCCAGGGGACCUGGUGGUGUCGAUCUGGGAGCCCUUCUCUCUGCACCACCGCCUCCCCCACCAUCUUAGAUAUCUUUCUAAAGCAGUACAAAUCGUCCCCUGCCACUAAUUCAUGCCUGCCCAAGGAAAGUAACUUCUUUUGGCUGUACAGACUUAUGCAUAUGUGUACAAGUACUUGAAAGGACUGUUGCUCCUUCUCAAUUUCAACUCAUUCCGUAAUGAGGGUUAUUAUCGAGUAUUUGCAAAAGGGUGUCUUAGUAAAUGUGCAUCUGGUAAGCUCACUAAUGCUAUAAACUUUAUUGUACAAAUCUCUCUUUUUAUGAAUGAAUAGUGACCCCCCUCAAAACCCUCUGUAAAAAUAAUGAUAUCUUUACAAAGACAUGUAACUAUGGAGCUAUAUUUCUCUGUUGUAGUAGAUUUAGACAAUUUUGUCAUUCUACUCUAAAUUGCACACUUGAUCUAUUUUGUGUUUGUUUAUUUCCAUGAGACAAUUACAAGCAUUACCUGCAAAUUUAACUAAAGGAAUGUAACAAAAAAACCUGAAUAGGUUUGCACAGCAAAAUUAAAAAUGUGAUAUAUGUUGAGAAAAUAUUGAAGCAGAACAGUGAAAUGAAAUCUGCAUUGCUGACCUCCUAGUCGAGCCAAAAGUGCGUGUGUUGGGGGAGUUCAAGGUGUGGGUUUGAUCCCAUUGUACGGCUUCAGUAUUUUCUUGAUUUUUCAUUUUAAUUUAAAUGAUAAUCUUGAAUCAUCUCCAGUGUAAAAUAUUUUUGUUACUGUCAGUAUGCAUAUCGAGUUUCUAUCAAUUUAGAAAUUGCAUAAUUCAGAUUGUAAUACAAUACAGGACUUUUAAAAGACUUAUUGCAUAAAUUAAUGUAAAAUACCUGAACAGUGAAUAAGGCAAUUGUCUGAUGGAAGCAAAGAUGCCUAAUACAUCAGGUAAUUGUUAACAAAUUAAGAGUCCUGCAGACAUUUCACAGAAUAGUGUUGUCACUAAAAAGUUACGACAAAAUAACAAAAAGUGACAUCUGAUAUAUACUUUGAAGUACAGUACUGUAAAAGUACUAUGAACCUGAGACUAUUUUUGCUUUAUCUGUAAAAUGGUGGUACUACUAUUGUAUGACUUUUGUGAUCAACUGUUGACGUAAACAAAAAAAAGUAUUGUAAAGUAUUUUGAAGUUAAAAUGUUCAUAAAAGCACUGACAAAAA